CUCUCUCUCUCUCUCUGUCGGUCGGUCUCUCUCUGUCGGGGUCUCUCUCUCCCCCUCUCUCUCUCCCCAUAUCCACUCUCUCUCUAGUCUCUGUUGAGAGUGUCUCAUUCCCAGCCCAGCUCCCCUGGGCCCCCCCUCCAGGGUAGAGAUGGUACGUUCCUACCCAGUCUGACUCCCAUCCAGACUUCUUCGGCCUGGUCCAUGUUCGGCUCCGGGGAGGCUGUCCAUCUGCCGGGGGACGACAGUGGGUCGAGCAGCAGCAUGAUCGCAAUCGACAACAAGAUAGAGCAAGCCAUGGACCUUGUAAAGACCCACCUGAUGCUGGCGGUCAGAGAGGAGGUGGAGUUGCUAUGGGAACAGAUUAAAGAACUAUCAGAAAGGAACGCCCAGCUGGAGAGAGAGAACUAUAUCCUGAGAACUCUGAGAGACUGACACAGCAACAAAAUGUUACACUCCUGUAAUGAUCACCCCGUUGUUUAAAUUAGUAAUACCUGUAACAUUACUGAUGAGUGAAUCUGUCGAACUGCAGAAAACAAUAAUAAAUAACUGUGACUAA